GUCACACUAUUGAGUCUUUAGAUUGGCCCACGCGUCGCCAUUCCUCUCGCCGCAUCCUAACCCAUAACCGGCAGCAACAACGACAAUAACAAUGAGUUUCCUUAAGCCAAAAACAUACAUAGAGCAGGGCGACAUUGUCAUACUCUAUCUGAGUGUGAACUCCAUGCAUGCCAUCGAGGCGGUGCCGACGAUUGUAAACAAAAAAGGCGAAACCAUAUCGCACAUCUUCCAGACACCAUACGGCUCCCUAAAAGUGGAAAGUAUUAUUGGCGUCGAGUACGGCAGUCGCGUCGAGCUCUCCAAGGGAUGGGCGCACGUACUGCAGCCGAAUCCGGAAAUGUGGACACAAACGCUGCCGCAUCGCACACAGAUUAUCUAUACGCCGGACAUCAGCAUGAUACUGCAUCAGCUGGAGGUGAGACCCGGCGCAGUGGUUGUUGAGUCCGGCACCGGAUCUGGCUCCUUGUCUCACUAUUUCCUACGCGCACUAAAGCCCACUGGUCGCCUGCACACCUUCGAUUUCCACGAAGCUCGCGCGGAUCAGGCGCGCGAAGAGUUCAGGCGACAUGGACUCGGUGAUUUUGUGACGGUCUAUCACAGAGAUGUGUGCAAUUUGGGCUUUAGCAGCGAACUGGACGGUGCGGCCGAUGCGGUCUUCUUGGAUCUGCCCGCGCCGGAUUUGGCUGUGCCACAUGCAUUCAAGGCGUUGAAGUUGUCGGGCGGUCGCUUCUGCUCCUUCUCCCCGUGCAUUGAGCAGUCGCAGCGAUGCAUUGCACAGCUUACCAAGCUGGGCUUCAAUGAGAUCUGUUCCAUGGAGGUGCUGCAACAGGAGAGUGUGAUCAAAACACGCUCGUUGCCUGUCAUUGAUUUGGAGUUCCUCAAAGCGCCAAAGAGCGCGGAAAUAAUCGCAAACGAGGACAACAAAACAAAGGAGCCCAAGGAGCUCAAAAAGUAUUUGACUUCCAGUAAUCCACAAGUGCUGCCCGGUCACACGGGCUUUCUCACCUUUGCCACGCUGCCGCCCAACAUACCCAAGUCUUGAAUGUGUUUAUUUUAAUUUUUUUUAAUAAAAUUGUAGUCUUUUA